AUGACAGAUCGUAAGAGUCAAGUUAUACCGGUGUCAACACCUACUACGUACUGCAAACUUUACCCGCGGCAUGCAGUGGUCGCUGUUGAAAAACUUGUAUCACACAUUAAACAAACAUUAGCAGAUGUACCGGAGCACACUGACCGCCACAACCACAUGCAGCCAUUAGGUAACAGUUACGAACAGUGUCCCCAAAACUUAACAGUCAAUCCGUACUAUUUACUUCGAGCAGCCGUGAAGUUGUUCAAAGGGCCGCUGGCGUGCGAUGAGGGACUGUGUGGGGGGUGUGAGGGGCAGGCAAGGAGAGGGGGGGGGGGAGAUGAAGGGCACGCCAAG